UAGUCAGGAGCCGCUGGGAAGUAGGAGACUUCCUUCUCGCGGCCAGCCCCUUUAGCGCCCCUGCCGCCCGUCUUGGGCCCUUGUCGCCGUGAGUCUGCUCCAGGAGAGAAGAGGAUCGGCCCAGGAGGAAGAGGAGGAGUGAGGCGAGGCGGGACGGGGGGGGUUGGCGGAACGCCACGAGUUUCUGGCGCAGGGCCUGGGCUCGGCUCGCCGCGCCCCCUCCUCCUCCUCCGGGGGAGGCUGAGCUCCAACCCGCCCCUCCUUAGCUUCCGCCUGGCGCAUUUUCGGCUCGCUGGAGCGCAGCUGCUGGCGACGGGCGCGCCCACCCCCCGCUGCUGCGCGCAGGCUGCUCCCCUCGGCGCGCCCGCGGAACCCAUCCCGGCGAUCCCCCGCCGAAGCCGUGGCGAGAACAGGGAGGCAGGAGCCCUUGGGAGCUGUUAGGGCGGCGGCAGUUGCUGGGAGGAGUCGCUGUUGCCGCUUGGCGACCGAGAGCGGACGGACGGAAGCGGGUGAGGGCGCGAGCUGUCGAGCAGCGGCGCUGAUCUCUGCCGGAGGGCUCUGCUGAAGCGCUCUCCGCUCACCCGCGGCGAGGAGACCGACGUCUUUGGCUCGCUUUCUCCGGGAAUGCCCGCGACGACGUUGGCGGCGCCUCGGUGGUGAGAAGCGUUUGGAGGACGAGUCCGGAGCGCCUGAGCUACUGCCAGGAGCUGUUGUUGCCUGAACUGAUGGCGUACACGAUCAGCUCCAGUCCUUCUGUGCCGGUGGGGCCUCAGUAUUGUGUUUGCAAAGUUGAACUGUCUGUGUGUGGCCAAAAUCUUCUGGACAGAGAUGUCACCUCGAAAUCUGACCCCUUCUGUGUCUUAUUUAUGGAAGUCAACGGCAAAUGGACAGAGAUCGACAGGACGGAAACAGCUGUGAACAACCUCAACCCAGCCUUCUCCAAGAAGUUCAUCAUAGAUUAUCGCUUUGAGGAAGUUCAGAAGCUGAAAUUUGCCUUGUUUGACCAAGACAAAUCAAGCAUGCAGUUGUAUGAACAUGACUUCUUGGGAGAGUUUUCCUGCACCUUGGGAACGAUUGUCUCAAGCAAGAAGAUUACAAAAGCACUCCUCCUGGGGAAUGGAAAACCAGCUGGAAAGGGAAUAAUAACGAUAGCAGCUCAAGAGCUGUCAGACAACCGCGUGAUCACUCUUAACAUGGCUGGCAGAAAACUGGAUAAAAAGGACUUGUUUGGAAAAUCAGACCCAUUUUUAGAGUUUUAUAAACCAGGAGAUGAUGGGAAAUGGAUGCUGGUCCAUAGAACAGAGGUGAUUAAAUACACGCUGGAUCCUGUGUGGAAGCCGUUCACUGUGCCUUUAAUAUCUCUGUGUGACGGGGACAUUGAAAAGCAGAUAAAGAUCGUGUGCCAUGAUUAUGAUAACGAUGGAGGCCAUGAUUUCAUCGGGGAGCUCCAGACCUCCGUCGCCAAGAUGUGUGAAGCCCAAGAUGCCUUUGUGGUAGAAUUUGAAUGCAUCAACCCCAAAAAACAGAAGAAGAAAAGGAGCUACAAGAACUCAGGAAUCAUCAUCGUGAAAUCCUGCAAAAUCACCAGAGAUUAUUCCUUCCUGGAUUAUAUCCUUGGAGGCUGCCAGCUAAUGUUUACGGUUGGAAUUGAUUUCACGGCAUCCAAUGGGAAUCCUCGGGACCCCACGUCUUUGCAUUACAUCAACCCCAUGGGAACAAAUGAAUACCUUUCAGCGAUUUGGGCAGUUGGGCAGAUCAUCCAAGACUAUGACACAGACAAAAUGUUUCCUGCCUUGGGAUUUGGUGCUCAGCUGCCCCCAGACUGGAAGGUUUCUCAUGAAUUUGCCAUUAACUUCAAUCCUACAAACCCUUUUUGCCUUGGUGUAGAAGGCAUUGUCCAAGCCUACUCCACCUGCUUGCCUCACAUACGCUUCUACGGACCAACCAACUUCUCCCCCAUCAUCAACCAUGUGGCUCGCUUUGCAGCGCAGGCCACCCAGCAGCAAUCUGCAACUCCACCCAGCCUGGGAACUGACAGAAUGAUUUUGGAGGGAGGAUCACUGAAAAGAAGACAGCAAUACUUCAUCCUCUUGAUCAUCACCGACGGCGUCAUCAGCGACAUGGAUGAGACAAGGCACGCCAUCGUACAGGCCUCCAAGCUGCCCAUGUCCAUCAUCAUCGUCGGCGUGGGGAACGCGGACUUUGCAGCCAUGGAGUUUCUGGAUGGGGACAGCCGUGUGCUCAGGUCAUACACGGGGGAGGAGGCCGUGACCGACAUUGUCCAGUUUGUGCCAUUCCGCGAAUUCCGCAGUGCACCGAAGGAGACCUUAGCCAAAGCCGUGCUGGCGGAGCUCCCACAGCAAGUUGUUCAAUACUUCCGGCACCAGAACCUGCCGCCUGUCAACUCAGAGCCUGCCUAGGGCCAAGUCUGCUGCUCUUUGCCUGCAUGUAUCCCAAACUCAUCAAUGACAGAAGGUUGCAUGACUCAUGGUUUCAAACAAUUUGUACUUUUUGAUUUAAUUAAUAAUUUAAUUUAAGAGAAGCAGCAACAGCAGCAAAAAUCAAAACAACCCAGACCACCCCAAUAGCGCACCUUUGGACCAUAAAAAGCACCUGGGCCCGCGCUUGAGAUUCCUGGGCCAAGAAAAGUGUUGUUGACGCAGGACAUCUCCCAUCCGUAGCCCCAAGAAUCAGCUGUUAAGUAUUUCAAUGUACUUCGUAUGAUUUUUGUGGAAGAAGAAUUUUUACAACCAGAACUUUUGUUUUUCCGCCUGAAGGCGCAAAGUUCUCAGUAUCCCAUUGCCCAAAGAAACGUGGACAGUUCAUGGAUGUGUCCUACUUCUCAUGCUCAAUGUUCAUUUUUAUACUGUGUACAUGGUAUAUUUGUUAUACUCAGGUUAAUAAACAAACUUGGACUCUU